UCUCUCCAGUUGCUUCAAUCUCGGCUUCACCCUCUUCAAGAGACUAUACUCUCGGCAUGGCACAUUAACUUUAGAGCUCACUUUGGAACCAGCUCCACUCGACGUCUCUGGAUUUACAGCACUUGCUUAUUACAUUACUUCCUCGUCAAUAUUUUGAUUUGGCGGACGGAGAUUUCGCCAGAAACUCAGCGCACUGUGCCGACGUGAUAUAUUUUUUUACCCGCAAAAUUUAGGGACACGAUAAAUCCCUCAGCAUUGAACUGGUGACAACCUAAAACCAUUCUUAACAAAUAUGUUCCUUCAAUAUGACAGGAUUUAGGCGGUGACUUCAACGUUUUCCUUGAAUAAACACCGAUAACCGUAGUUUAUUUAUCCUCGCGCAGUAGAACUCCCAACCGGUCUCUAUUAUAACAACUCUUUCCCUCUGGUUUUGUGUCCCUGCGAAGAAGUUCUGUGUGCUAGAAGGAGCGGUUUGGGUUGGAAAAGACCACACUGUCCGUAACCAUACAUUGUUAUGGAAAUUGCAACAGGUCUCGAAUCACUGGAGAGACGCUUCUCGGCGAGGAAUCAUUCAGCCUGUUCAAAGAUGCUGGACGGUAUUAAAAUCGAGGAACAUCUUAGAACGGGAGCGGCUACUUUAGGCGUUAUGAUUGGAACUGAGUGCCAUCAUCAGGCGGUCUGCGAGGGAUGUCAGCGGCCCAUAUCCGACCGAUUUCUGAUGCGGGUCAACGAAUCGUCCUGGCACGAGGAGUGUUUGCAGUGCGCUGUGUGUCAGCAGCCGCUCACCACAACUUGCUACUUCAGAGAUAGGAAACUCUACUGCAAAAUUGACUACCAACAGCUGUUUGCCACCAAGUGCAGCGGCUGCCUGGAGAAAAUCGCACCCACCGAGUUUGUGAUGCGUGCCCUGGAGAGCGUCUACCACCUGGGCUGCUUUUCCUGCUGCGUGUGCGAGAGGCAGCUGUGCAAAGGAGACGAGUUUGUCCUGAAAGAGGGCCAGCUGCUCUGCAAGAGUGACUACGAGAGGGAGAAGGAGCUGCUCAGCUCUGUCAGCCCCGAAGCUUCAGAUUCAGAGAAGAGUGAGGACGAGGAUCUGGACGUGAAGCCCGAGAAGGGUUCGGGGGGGCAGGGGAAGGGCAGCGAUGACGGGAAAGACCCCCGCCGGCCCAAGCGGCCGCGCACCAUCCUGACCACCCAGCAGAGGCGAGCCUUCAAGGCCUCCUUCGAGGUGUCCUCCAAGCCCUGCCGGAAGGUCAGAGAGACGCUGGCAGCAGAAACUGGCCUCAGUGUCCGCGUGGUCCAGGUCUGGUUCCAGAACCAGAGAGCCAAGAUGAAGAAGCUGGCCCGCCGGCAACAACAGCAGCAGGAACAGCAGAACUCUCAAAGACUGGGCCAGGAAGUGAUGUCGGGGCGGAUGGAGGGCCUGCUCAGCUCCUACACACCCCUGGGACCCCCUCAGCAGCAGCUGGUCGCCAUGGAGCAGAACGGCUACAGCACAGACCCCUUCCAGCAGGGACUGACCCCCCCACAAAUGCCUGGGGACCAUAUGAACCCAUACGGAAACGACUCCAUUUUCCAUGACAUUGACAGUGACACGUCCCUCACCAGCCUCAGCGACUGUUUCAUGGCGCCGUCCGACAUGGGUUCCCUGCAGGCGCGGGUGGGAAACCCCAUUGAUCGUCUGUACUCCAUGCAGAGCUCAUACUUCGCCUCCUGAAAGUAGACCCCAAACCAUAGGGGGGUGAAUUGUGUGUCUGUGUGUGUGUGUGUGUGUGUGUGGGGGGGGCGGCAUUCAACUGUACAGCCAUAAAACAAGCCUUUUCAAGAUAAUAAACAGAAAGGAUCAACGGAAAACUACCACGCAAAACAAACAAUAACCUUGACUGGCUAGUAACCAGGGACUAAGAGGGAAGGACGAACUUGAAGACGAAAUUGGACACUUUUUCUCCCUCCCCGUAGCAGUGGAAAUGAGCUUAAACGACAGGGUUUAGAGCGAAAUUGACGGGAUGUCGGUGGGAUGUUUGUCUGAAAUGGGGGGAUAAACAAAAGAUGUGUUUGCUCUCUGGUCAGAAGGGUAUUCUGCAUUUGUAUAGGUAAUAACAUGGGAAUAUUUGUAUGACCUGAACACUACAUGAGAAGAUGUAUAAGUAUUACUGAGUCCAAGUCACUGAUUUUGAAAUGUCAGUCAACUAAAUGCUGCAUAGAGAAGAUAUAGUUAGGAGAUGUCCAGCUCCGUGCAUGUGCCCCAGCUUUAUUAAAUGGACAGGGAACAUUUCCUAAAAAGCAUACACAAAAAAGAACCAGCAGUGGCCAAUGCCAAAUUGGUAUAUUGAAAUGUAUGAAGAUGUAUGUUGUUCAUAAUUCUUUAUCAUCACUACGAUACACAAAUAAUUUUGAUAAUAAACGUUUAGCCAUUAAGCUUUUUGGAUGUGUAAUAUUAAAAAGAGAGUCUGUGAACGUAGAGGAUUUUAAAAAAAUGUUAUGUUUUGUUUGUUAAGUGUUUGUAUGUGGAACAUUCUCAAAAACCAAGCAGUUUUGCAUGUUGAAAUGGACAGCAAUCUAUUUAUUAACCAACAACAUGCUAAGUGGUACUUCAAAAUGGAAAAGCUUUAUUUAAAAUGGCAAAUAUCCCAGUGUAAAGUAGUGAGAAGAAGCAUUAUAAUUCAUUUCUAUGUCCUUUGAUUAUGAAAUUUAUAGUAGUAUUUUUGUUGUUGUGUAAAUUAGGCUGUAAAUUAGUAUCACUGUGCUAUUUAUUUGUCACAAGCUCCCUGAGACCUUGUCAAGAGUGCAUUUUUAAUGCUACAAUUUGCUAAAUUACCAAAGUUUGUUGGUACU